AAGCGCUGGCGGCACGUGCCCGACAGUGGAAACCGCUACAAGUGAUAUGGGCCUACCACAGUCCACCACCUUGAAAGACUCAACCAGUUAUUCAACUCAAUUCUGCAUAUCAACAUCUCAUAAAUUCCAUGGAGCACAUCCGCAACAAUGCCGUCUACUUCCGUGCAAGUCAGAGGUAAACGCAAAGCACCAUCAGCAUCCCCCCAGCACUCCGACUCAGACCGGCCAGCCAAAGUCAAGCGCUCCAUUGCCCAAAUCAAAGCGUCACGGCUCGCCAACCCGCGCACAAAACUAGAGUCCCUGCCCACCGAGGUUCUGGAAGAUGUCCUGCUGUACAGCUUAAAUGUGGCUUUGCCUCGCUGCAGCCACCUGAUUGGCGCCAAGCUGUCCGAUCGUGCAACCCUCAUCCGCUUCUGUCUUGUUGCAUUCGAUAAGACGUGGGAUCGGCAUCUCGGCGGCAAAAGUAGGAAAGCCAAGCCUACUGCAGACGCCAAAGCGGCAGCUGACGAUGCAAAAGAUGCAAAAGUAGAGACAGCUGUGCUCGCUAUGCCAUGGGCGAAGCUCGAUCUUCUGCUGCAAGCACAGCAGACAUGGGCCAACAGAUAUAGCCCAAGAUUGCAGUACGAGCGCUUACUUCCAUGGUCUGCACCUGCAAGUGCUUCGGAUCCCCUCUCUGGACCGCGCUUCAAUGCACUCGAGUUCUUCAACCAGGACUACGCCCACAUGAUACACCUGUGGAAAGCAGACGUUUCGUCGCGCAACGCCGUCGAGCCAAUGCACGAGAUUAAUCAUCAUACUCGUGUACCACAUCGACUUAUUAACGGGUCGUGGAGUGAGGAGCAGUUGCGCCGCAUCUUUUGGCUAUGGCGAGGCGGCCUCAAUGUGCCUGCGCUUGUCCGCGCCAUUCCCUGGGAGUACCGCUUGAUGGCCUUUCGCAACGCCACGCGCGAUCCGUCCGAUCCUCCGUGGGCUGUGAUUAAAUGCAUCAUGUCGCAUAGCACUUACCUGGACUUUCCUCUUGAAGCUAAGCGAGCUCUCGCUCGAGAAUUAGACGGGCGUCUUGCGGCAUACAACAAGCUCAUAUCCCAGGGUGAAGCAGAGGACUCCGAUCUCGCACAUAAGCUCCUGUUGUAUUAUCGUGAUCUAAUCGAGUCUUGAUACAAGCACAGCAUGUACUACUACCACCAUAUACUGUAAUACAUAGACCGUACAUAGUCUGCAUAGUAACGAAUUUAUGAGCAGCAGCCAGCUACAUCAGCCACGCUAACGCCGACGAUGAUGACAAUCCAUCCACGUCCUCUGAUUGAGUGAGAAUAAUUUACAACUUCUACAGUCACAAACGAAUGAAAAGUAGUUUUAAGGUGGCCAUCGAUUAUAUUGAGCUUCGAACUGUGACGCGCUUCAACUACCUCCGAGGCACGUACAACCUCGUAAAGAGUUCCACGCAUCUUGACGCUGCAACAAGUUGACCCAAACACUUUCGGUAGUCAUACACAGGUUUCCGUCUGCGGACAACCGACCCCUCGUCCCCGUCUAGUAGUAAAAAACAAUAAUAAAACAGUCCUUAAAGUCAAUUCCUCCUCCAUCCUAUAUGUACCUUUGUUGGUAGGAUGGUGUGUGCAAUGAUUAACCCAUGCUUUUUUUAUGACCCAAAUGCCAAUCCGAUGGAUGCAAAGUCUCCAAGCUUCUCGUAAUAAAACAAAAAGAAAGUGCUCAAAGACGAAACAAACUUCAAAAGGCAAAGGGUAUAGAAAGCCCGUUAGCUUGACUCCUUUCGCCGCCCAAAUCUCAAAAUCGUCAGAACAAAGAAAAGUUUAUGAUGUUGCCUGCAGGUAUUGGGGCAGCGUGAUAAUAUAUAUAUAUUUGUGUUGGCGAGCCAGGCCAGUGGUGUGUGAAAGUUGGCUUCGCACCUAGUUCAGGAUACCAUCCCAAACACCGUAGGUCUGGUGGUUGAGGGCAGGGUGAACAGGGCUAGGCUGGAAGGCAAUAGUGGCCUCCGAGGCGCAGCGAGCACGCUUGCGAGAGUCGUGCACGAGCGAGGGGUGCCAUGUGGCUUGAUGGUAUUCGUCGCCGUUGAGGAUGCUGCGGACAUUGUCCUGGAGGAGGCCGUCUCCAGUAGUGGAGUGGCUGCGCUUGCGGCUACCUACAAUGGGAGUGGACUCGGCAGAGUGGACAUCCUGGCUGUGAAGAUACUGCAAGGCGCGGGCAGCAUCAGACGCGGGGUCUCUUGUCAUGGCCUCGAGAGCCGUGACCGGGCCGGUGCACGAUUCGGGAGACGACGAGAAGAAGCGCUCAUCGUAAUCCUCGGGAACAGACGCAACGCUGGGCUUCAUGCUGGCUCGCUCAGUAACAAUCUUAGCCGCUCGGAAUCGCGACGAAGCCAUCAACUUGGAGUUGAGGGUCGCGCUAGCGAGGGAUGAGACCGAUGAGAUCGAGGACGAACGCGAAGUGCGCGAGGAGUCGGAGACCAUGGAUUCGGGGGAUGAGGCAGAAGAGACAGACAUGGCGAGGGAUGAACGGCGGACAGGGCAGUAGCUCUGGGGAGAGGAAGUAGCAGAGCUGGGGAGGCGAUCCAGGUGGUUGGGGUUGCAGGUAGUGUUGACCUGGGCCAGGGCAAGGCCCAUAGCAGAGCACUUGGUGAGCAUAUGGGAAGCUGCUCCCACGGCAGGAGUGCAGAUUCCGCUGGUUUGCGGGGUGAGGCGAGGAGUAGGAAGCAUGCCAAUCGAAGGGGCCAUGCGACCAGGGGGGUAGCCGGCAGGUUCCGAGGUGAUGGGGACAGCAGUAGGCUUGGGGGUGCUCUGCGAAUCGACAGACAUAAAGGCCUCCUGGGGAGGGUUCAGAAUGCUGCGGGGGGAUGAAACGCAAAGGUCACUGCGCUUAGGGCUGAGCGGUCCGACAGGGAUAAGCUCCUCAAUGUUGGACAGGUCAGGGUUAAGCUUCAGGAUAAGCUGUCGCCAGUCGGCAGUCUGCUGCGAGACAGUCUGGGACACAGCACCGGGAGAGGGGGGCAUCUGGGGAGGAGUGUACUUGAGCACAAUCUCGGUCCAGCGCUGGAAAACCUCGUCGGCGAUGUGCAGCUUCCAGUUGACAGCAAGCAGGAAAGCCAUCUCGUUCUGGUUGAUCUCUUGAGUGUUGAGUCCAGAAAUCUUGCUCCAGGCGCGCGCAGAGUAGUUACGGUCUUGGAGGUACUUGGAGGCAAGAAUCAGGGCAGCCAGGAACAUGCGACGGCCGCACUGGAGAGCGCGGUCGGCGUGGCGAUCCUCGGGCUGCUCCAUGGUGAAGUCAUGCUGGGGGACAUGGGGCUUCACCAGGACAAGGUAGUAGAGGGCUACUUGAAGUGUAGAAUAGCUGGUACGAGAGCGGCGCAGAGUCUCCUGAAUAAAGGUUCGGAGAGGCAGAACCGCCUUGCUUCCUAGCUCGCUUCGGCAGGCAGCCGAAGAGAGAGGCCAGAUUGUCUCGACAAUUUGCGUAGACGAAUCUGCCAGCGACUGAUUAACAUCGGGUCAUAAAGGAAAAUCGUUAGAAAAGAAGCUAAACAUACCAACUAGGCUGUCGACAAAGUUGACCUUGCGGUCGCAUUGUCGGACAAGAGCCGGGGGGCAGGCGCCUCUGGCGCGCAUACCAGGGCCAGAACGGCGAGGGUUCUGGCGCAACUCGACAGGGACUGCAGCCUCUGUCUUGUUUUGGAACAUAGAACGACGAUGCGCGGUGGCAUUGUCGGCGCGGGCUGACUGCUUGGAGGGACAGAAAGACUCGCAGGAAUCGGAAUCCGAGUUGGAAACUGAGGUAUCGUCCGAAGACUGGGAAGCGGUGUCGGACCACACUGAUGCGGCGACAGUAGAGGUAGAGGUCAAGGAGUUAUAAGAAGCAUAUUGCUUGAGGGAGGCAAAAGACGGGGAGGCAUAAGUAGCUUCCGUCAUCUUGAAAGAUAUUAUAAUAUGUAGCUUGAUGUAGAUUUCAAGCCACUGUGUAUGAUCCAGUCACCGUCUGGCUAUGUCUGGCCAGAGAGACUUUCCGUGUGAAAACCGUUUAACAAAUUCGCGUGAACCGAGUCGAAAAGUGGCGUUGCGCUACAGCUGAGCAGUAGAGCAAUAUCCAAAUAUGUGUAAUUGAAGGUGAGCACCUAGACAAGCAUGCUAGUCGAGAUGUUCUUCACACAAGUAGUAAGACUGGUAGACGAAGCAGAGACGGUGACUGGAGUAGUAGUAAUGCGGGUUGCAACGCGCAUAUCGACAAUACUUUUCAACGGGGAAAAAGUAAUGUAGGACGGGAGAGCUUUUUAACAAAGAUCAACCAUCAAAUAGCGAGAUGUGUCCAAAGAGGAUAGAGUCAGAGGGAUGUCGACGUGAUGUCGGGGAGUGACGACGUAGAGUGGCGAGGGGGAGGAGGUGAGCAAUGCGGCUGCAAUGCGUGACGUUUGUCGACGAUGUGGUCGAAAGUGACAACGACAGCUAUGCAGGUACAGCAACGGCUGUCAGGGCCCUAUAUGCAGAUAAACUGUAUAUAUUUAGGCUUCAACCGAGAUGUGACUCCUUUGUCCGGCGUGGCCUAAGAAGCAGCGCCGAUGAGGUGACAGCCUAGUUCGGCGUGGUCGGUGGAUCCCGGGGGUGGGCUAAGGCGUGGUGUGACUCUUUGGGUGCGGGUGGCAAGGUUUGGGGGGCGACAGGCGGUUUCGGAGCGCUAGGGGGGGCCUUUGCCUUCUGGAGAAAGCCUAGCCACAGAAGCGUGCUGGGAAAAAGCCUUGGGAGACGCGAAAGAGAGAGAGCGUGUGUAGUAGUGCAAAGGGGAAUACGGAUAGCUCAGAAAAUAAUUAAUGAGUAAUCCGGGGAUUUGACGUGUUUUUGCGAGAGUCUUUCUGCUGUAUAUAUUUUAUCACUCGUUUGUCCGGGUGAUGAAAAAUGGUUGAGCGUUCUGGGCUUUCGCGUGUUUUUGUAAGUCGCUGGUUUUAGGAAUCGAAUAGUCGUAUUUUGUAUCCUUUUAGGAAGUCAAGAGGUUCUUUUUGAAGGCUUUUGGUGUUUGCCGCAACAAAAUAGAUGGAGGUUUCCGGGUUGGAUUCGCAAGGAACAAGUGAAUGCCGCUGCGAUGACGAAGAGUUCGAAAGAGCCGAAGAGCAGCGAGCUAAAGCCGGGUUGGUGAUGGGAUUAAGCGGUUGGGUGAGGAAAAAAUCGAGAAAAUUAAAACGAAAACAGUCCGAUGUAGAAAAUGCGCCGUAGAGC